AUGAGCUCUUUCUACUCGGGAGGCCAGGCGUUGUCGAUCGCCUUCUUCUUCGCUGCUGUCGACAUCUUAGUGAAUAUAUUCGGAUUGGCAUGGAAUGGGCAGUACUUCACUAUUGACAAUAUCAAACACUGGUUCGACUUACCAAACUACAAAUUCACCACAAAUCCCAUAGAUUUCUUGGGUGUAGCUCUUCUGAGAGAUUGUGUCCUGCUUGGUGGAGCUAUCGCAGCAUGGACUUCUCCUAGUGGAUUCAGUGAGGUGGCGGCAAAAGCAAGCAACGCCGUCUUCGCUGUUAUGCUGGUGAUUUUCGCUUUUGCUCCAGCAAAACUCCUUGCUUUCUACGAGAUCGACACCGUCAAGUUGGCUGUUGGAGACUGGAUUUUGAUGAUUUGGUGCAUUUUUGCGUCGUUGGCUGUGCAGGUGAUUUGGACUAGUGUUUACACCCGAGUAAGCGAGUAUGGGUACAGUGUUGGCCCUCAAUUUGGCGACGAUAACUAUGAGGAGAGAAUUCUAGAGGUGGAAGCAGCGAAAGCAGCUAAACAGCGCGAGACCUUCGUUCUGUUGUUCCGUCUGCUUCGCUACAUGGCUAGGGAGUGGAAGUACUAUGGAAUGGCAUUUUUCUUUCUCUUCUGCUACUCUCUCAGUCGUGUCUUCAUACCGUACUACACUGGUGAGGUGGUUUCUGCGGUGUUCGGCGAAAAAGCAUCAUACGAACGACUUCACCGUACAGUUGGCAUCAUGGCAUUAUUAUCACUUGGAUGUGCUGUUUUUGGUGGAUUACGUGGCGGUUCAUUCACUUACGCUCAUGCCACUAUAGAUAGACAAAUCCGUAAUGAUCUUUUCCGUGCGGUGAUCAGACAGGAGAUAGGAUUCUUCGACGCCAAUAAGACUGGAGAGAUCUGUUCCCGUCUCACAUCCGACUGCCAAACGAUGUCAAACACGCUGUCACUCUAUAUGAAUGUGUUAACCAGAAACCUGACCAUGUUGUUCGGAUCGUUGAUUUUCAUGACCACUUUAUCAUGGCGCCUUUCCAUGAUCACUCUGAUCACCGUGCCUUUGAUCUUUUUGGUCAAUAAAGUAUUCGGUGUCUGGUACGAUAAGCUAUCCGAAGAAACACAAAACUCAGUGGCUCGUGCUAAUGACGUCGCGGAAGAAGUUCUUUCCGCUAUUCGCACAGUCAAAAGCUUUGCUUGUGAGCGAUUUGAAAGUUAUAGGUUCCUUGCAUAUCUCAACCAGACUCUCGCUAUCGCCACCCGCAGAGUUGUGUGUGUGAUUGGUUUGAUCUGGACAAAUGAGCUUUUACAAAUGGGAAUUCUCACCAUAGUGCUUUGGUAUGGAGGUCAUCUUGUGAUCCAAGGAAAGAUCGAGUCCGGUCUGCUGGUCUCAUUCCUGCUUUAUCAGUUCCAAUUGGGAGAAAAUUUGAGGGAACUUGGUGAAGUCUGGAACGGCCUUAUGCAAGCCGUAGGUGCUUCCAGAAAGGUCUUCGAGUUCAUCGAUCGUGAUCCAAAAGUCAAGAACGAUGGAAAAUACGCUCCAGAGAAACUUGUCGGCCGGAUUGAGUUCAAAAAUGUCAAGUUCAGCUAUCCAAUUAGACCGGAUUUACCAAUUAUGGAGGAUCUCACAUUUACGGUUGAACCUGGAGAGGUUGUUGCACUUGUCGGUCCUUCUGGAGGAGGAAAAUCUAGUUGUAUCGCCAUGCUUGAGCAUUUCUAUGAGCCAACUGGUGGAGAGGUUCUCCUGGAUGGGGUUCCAAUAAGAGAAUAUGACCACAAAUACUUGCAUACUAAGGUCGCCCUAGUGGGUCAAGAGCCAGUGCUAUACGCUAGAUCCGUAACAGAGAACAUUGGUUACGGCAUGAAUACGUUUACCAGUGAGCAAGUUCAGUCGUCUUCAAAGCUGGCAAAUGCGCACGCGUUCAUCAUGGAUACAACUGAGGGCUACAAUACAGAUGUUGGAGAGAAAGGAAGUCAAAUGUCUGGCGGUCAGAAGCAGCGCAUUGCCAUCGCCCGUGCUCUUGUUAGGGAUCCUGUAGUGCUAUUGUUGGAUGAAGCGACGUCGGCUUUGGAUUCUGAGAGUGAGCACUUGGUCCAAGAAGCAAUCUCGAAGAAUCUCAAAGGACGAACUGUGGUCCUCAUUGCUCAUCGUCUCAGUACUGUAGAGAAUGCUGAUAAGAUCGUAGUAAUCAACCACGGCCGUGUAGAACAAAUGGGCACCCAUAAGGAGCUGAUCAACCAAGAGGGGAUGUACAAAAUGCUUGUACAAAGACAAAUGAUGAGCGCUGAACUCGAAGAUGAACCGGCGCCAAUGACGAGCGGACCACCCGUUGUUCCUAGAAUCUCGAGAAUUUCGUCGCCCGUUCACAGUGUUUCGCAGUCGUUCCUUGGCACUUCGUUGACGAGUAGUUACUUAUAG